UUGUGUGUCCUCUGGCUUCAUAAACAUUCUGUGGUAUGUAGAAAUCUGUGGGGUCGUUAAAAGGUCUGUAUGUACCUACAUCUCUUUGUUAGGGCUGGUUCAGGGUCACGUCCUAUGUAAGUAGUCCAUCCCAGUUUUUCACCAGGAGACACACACAUCCACCCCACCAGCCCUAGCUGUAUUAUUGAGGCCCAGCGUAAUGCCAUCCCUUCCUCUCUGCUAGCUUCCCUAGGUCAGAGUUCAACCCAGAGCAGCCAGACAAGAGUGAGGUGUGUGAGAGAGAGUUAGGCAGGGGUGUCAGGAAGCAGCGUACCAGUCGCCCGCCCUCUAACCCCCCCCAGCCAUGGUCCAAUCCGGUGAGUUCUCGUCCACUGACAGAAGGGGAAGUGCCAGUUCAGCACAUCAGCAUCCAGGGGAGCAUAAUAUCACAACUAUGACGGGUUCAAUCAGAGUUUAGUUGUGGUGGUCAGACAAGUAUGUUUUGAUGAAUAAGCAGUAGGGGGAACUCAACUCCCAACACAUUCAGUUCAGCUCAUGUGGAUAGAGACAGUGAUUACGCACAAGCUCCCCCCUGUGAACUUGCCCCUACUGCUCCUCGCCGUAUGCCUUGCAUUACUGUGAGCUCUGCCUGGAAUGAGGUGACAGAAGGACCGGCAGGCUGGAGCUCUGAGGGUGGGGGUCGGGAGGGGUCAGCUCAGUCCCCUGGAAUCCCAGCCGUGUGAGGCGUACCACAGCCACCCGCCACUCCUCUCACCCCACUAUUAAAUCAUUACAACUCCCAGAGAUCCCCCAAACCGACAAACGCAGGAACGGCCGGCAAUUGACCCCGACCCCUGAAUUCCAACCCUCCUGAGUGGCCGAACACAGGGGCAGUACAUUUCCCAUGGGGUCAGAUGGAAGAGAGGGCGAUUGUGUGUGUGUCCCUUACCGUUGAACUCCACACAAACAUGAACACAGCGUGUGUAAAAGUCCACCUUCCUUUCCCUCUGUGGUCCACUGGCUUUCUCUCUUGGCUCCUUCAUUUGCGUCACAACCCCUGUCUCACUUUUCACCAGGUCUCCCCUGUUGGCACAUAAGAGACUUGUUAUUGUCGUAGCUAUGAAUGUCCCAGUGCAGAUUUCUCCUGUAAGUAGGGAGCACUGUAUAAGUGGAACACGUGGACGUGAGAACCAUUCAGGUCCGUACCGUCAGCCCUCUCACCUUAGGUUCCUGUUUAUGGAUCAUCUCAAGUCUGAGGAGGAGUGCUGAUCUCCGAUCAGAUUAGCCUUUUAGAUCAUAAUAGAUCAAAAUUGAUAUUCAGUGGACAGGAGGGGGGGGGCUGAUCCUAGAUCAGCACACCUACUUAGAGGCUUGUAUGACUAAACACAAUAGAGGAGCAACACAGUAAAGCUGUCAGAUCUCUUGUUUCACUAUUUCUUCGGGGAGGUUGAUGUUAAUCUCUCCGUUGAGUUUGUUUGGUAUGUUUAGCAGCGUUAAGAGUUUGGAGGGGAUGGAAUGGGUUUUUCACAUAGGCUGCUAGAGAGUUACACACACACACAAAGUCAUGAACAUACACACACAAAGUCAUGAACAUACACACACACACACACACACACACACUCCACCACAAACACACUCACUCCAUCAUGAACACACACGCAGAGUUAGUUUCCACGUGAGGGGCUUUGGGGCCAGCUGGGCCCAGGAUUGAGAUGUAGUAGAGAGGCUGUUAAGGGGCUUUUAGGUGCUGUACCUUUUCCUUGGCAGCACUGAGUAGCAAAUAUGUAGCUUUGUAGUUUAGCCUCCCCCUGUGUUCCCAGAGAGAGAUUCCAAGAAAUUCCACUUAAUCUUUUCAGGGCUUUGUCUGACUGACCUGAUUGUGAUGGGAGUCUGGAUGGUGACUCAUUCAACACUUAAUACACACACAGCCCGCUUAUUCAAGACUCAUAUUAUACCCUCCAAUUCUCCGACUUUCCCUGGCUCUGAUGGACUGGUAGAUGUCCUGACGUCACCACUACCGAGGAUUUAUCUGGGCUCAAAGUCCUUUGUUUCACACCAACUUAAAACCCUCAGAGGAUGGAUUGUUCUGCUUUGUUUAUUUCUCUGCCUCCCCUCGUGUGUGUGUGUGUGUGUGUGUGUGUGUGUGUGUGUGUGUGUGUGUGUGUGUGUGUGUGUGUGUGUGUGUGUGUGUGUGUGUGUGUGUGUGUGUGUGUGUGUGUGUGUGUGUGUGUGUGUGUGUGUGUGUGUGUGUGUGUGUGUGUGAGAGAUUGGAGUGACUCGCACUCGCAGCAGCACCCCCACACUGGUUAAGAGUGAGGCGUUGUGAGUAUCUCUGUGUAAAAAUAGUCAUGAUUACAAGGACUGUGUUGUCUUCUGUGUGUGACUCUCUCUGUGGGCCUCCAGUGACUGGACUUGGAAGUCCCUACCCUAGAGACUUAACCCUGACACACGUACACACACAUGGUGUAUGAUAGUCUAAUGCAGGUGGUUGUAAGAGGAGUCAGGGAUAGCCCCACUGCCACUCAGCCAGGCUCUUUCUUUCCCUUUCAGAACUAUGCGUCUUGGAUUAAGAGCAAGGGAUCCCUGCACUGGCAAAAGCUGUGUGUGUGCGUGCGUGCGCGUGUGUGUGUGUGUGUGUGUCUCUAAUCAAGGCAAAGUAGAAUGUGGCCUUGGGGAAGCCUAGCUUUGUCCAGUGUGUAUCCGUGCCCUGCCCCUCCAGGAUGCCGAGUGGGGACUGGGAGUGAGCUGGACGUCUAUGGACAGCAGAGCUGUUUGCUGGUCCCAGCAGCACCCACCUUCACCCCAGGAUCUUCCAGAGAAGCCCAAAUAAAGUGCAAACCAUUCAAGUCUGAUACAGGUUGUGUCAACACUGGUGUUUGUCAUAGAAGGCAGUGGAGCCAGUCCAAGUGUCUAACCCUACAGCGGCGCCCCCCCCCCCUGGCCCGGCCACACCUCUCCCUCUCCGUCUCUCUCUAUGAUAUCCCUCAUCCCCUGAUGGGCACCUCAUCACACCGUGCCACAAGUCCACCGUCGUCGCUAACAACCACACCACGCCACUAACCACCGGCCAUCGCCAUGGAGAUGAAACAGUCAAUGAUGAUGGACAGAGAGAACGAAGGAGGGGAGAAAGAGAAAGGGGAGGAGUCAUCGCAGGAGAACGGCAGACUCAUGCUGGCUGACGGAGGGGUGGCAGAGAAGGGGGACCCCAAAGUGAACUCUGGUGGGGGGUCAGGAGGGGUGUCCAACGGGUACCCCACGUCCACAGCACCGAGCCCCAAGGAGGGAGCGGGGGGUGUACCCGCAGGGGCCCUCAGGACUCUGGUGGUCCACCAGACCAGUCUGGACCAGCCCCGGGAGACCUGGAGCAAGAAGAUGGACUUUCUGUUGUCUGUGAUUGGCUACGCCGUGGACCUGGGAAAUGUGUGGCGCUUCCCCUACAUCUGCUACCAAAACGGCGGAGGUGCCUUCCUGCUGCCCUACAUGUUGAUGGCGGUAUUCGGUGGCGUGCCUCUGUUCUACAUGGAGCUGGCUCUGGGGCAGUUCCACCGCAGCGGCUGCAUCUCCAUCUGGAAACACAUCUGCCCCAUCUUCAAGGGUAUCGGCUUCGCCAUCUGCAUCAUAGCGCUGUACAUUGCGUUCUACUACAACACCAUCAUGGCGUGGGCCCUGUACUACCUGCUGGCGUCAUUCCGGCCCAGCCUGCCCUGGACCACGUGCUCCAACCCCUGGAACACGGUCAACUGUCUCCGCUACCUGUCCACCGACAGCAACGUCACCUGGACCAACACGUCCACCUCGCCCGCCGAGGAGUUCUAUACGCGUCAGGUACUGCAGGUACACCUGUCUCCAGGUCUGCACCAGCUUGGCAGUGUGAGUUGGCAGCUGGCUCUCUGCCUCCUGUUCAUCUUCACCAUCGUCUACUUCAGCAUCUGGAAGGGAGUCAAGACCUCUGGCAAGGUGGUGUGGGUGACAGCCACCUUCCCCUACCUUGUCCUGCUGGUGCUGCUCGUUCGUGGGGCCACUCUACCCGGAGCCUGGAGGGGCGUGGUCUUCUACCUCAAACCUGAUUGGGGGAAACUACUCAGCACCACAGUAUGGAUUGAUGCUGCAGCUCAGAUCUUCUUCUCUCUGGGGCCAGGUUUCGGGGUUCUCCUGGCCUUUGCCAGCUACAACCCCUUUCACAACAACUGUUACAAGGAUGCGUUGCUGACCAGCUCUGUGAACUGCCUGACCAGUUUCCUCUCUGGGUUUGUCAUCUUUACCGUGCUCGGCUACAUGGCUGAGAUGCGCAAAAUAGGCGUGGAGACCGUAGCCAAGGAUGCUGGUCCCAGUCUGCUGUUCAUCAUCUAUGCUGAAGCCAUCGCCAACAUGCCCGCUGCCACCUUCUUCGCCAUUAUCUUCUUCCUCAUGAUCAUCAUGCUGGGGCUGGACAGCACGUUUGCUGGUCUGGAGGGGGUGAUCACAGCCAUGCUGGAUGAGUUCCCCCAGUUGUUGUCUAGGAGGAGGGAGUGGUUUGUCCUGGGCCUGGUGUGUGUCUGCUACCUGGGAGCGCUCUCCACCCUCACCUACGGAGGUGCGUUUGUGGUGAAACUGUUUGAGGAGUACGCCACGGGACCUGCUGUCAUCACUGUGGUCUUCCUAGAAGUCAUCGCCGUUUCCUGGUUCUACGGCAUGAGUCGUUUCUGUGCUGAUGUCCAUAUGAUGCUGGGAUUCUCUCCUGGAUUGUUCUGGAGGGUGUGCUGGGUGGCCAUCUGCCCAAUAUUCCUACUGUUCAUCAUUGUCAGUUUCCUGGCGUUCCCCCCGGAGGUCAAGUUGUUUGACUACGUCUACCCACCUUGGACAACAGUUCUGGGCUACUGCAUCGGAGUGUCCUCCUUCAUCUGUGUACCAGCCUACAUGUUGUACCACCUGCUCACUGCCAAAGGGACCUUUAAACAGCGUCUCCUGAAGGGCAUCACUCCUGUACCCAGUGGGCCUCACAGUGACAUUAUCAUCACCCACGCCGUCUGACCCAGUGGUCUGACCAGGCCCGGUGGACUACACCCCCCUCUGCUGGACAUAGAGCACAACUGCAGGAUGGGAAGGGUUCGUCCCUUCCCCCGCUUCUCCUCCAGAACACCCACAGCAGACUUCAGCACUAAGGCACCCCGUCCAUCCCACUGACCCCAGGGGUGAGGUGGAGUGCCGGGCCACAUUGUCUGCAGCAUCCCACCCCUCCUCCCGUCAUCUCCCUCCUGGCUCAUUCUGUUAGCUAAACCGUUAGCGGCUAAUGGCGUCACUGUUUUCAUACUGGCCCAUGCUGGUCAGAGCAUUUCAACCACCUGACAGAGGUUUUUUUAAGAUGCCACAGCACAAUGACAUGUGUACUGUUACAAUUGGAAUCCAUCCAUUCAGUAUGAUUCAUAAACAUACACACUCUUCCUUGUCUCUGUUCUGUCUGCUCCACUUUUAUAUCACAAACAAACGUCUCAUUUGUCUCAUUUGACCUUCGAUCCUUGUUUCAUGAGUUCUGCUUUCAGAUAUUUAGCCGGACAUUGAUUGCAAAAUCCAGGAAUCUUUUUACAUGUCUAAAUGAAGCCAAAUGUUCCAUGGAUAUUUCUACAGGUAUUUCCAGAUGUGAGCUGUUGUCAUGUUUUAGAAUGACUUGGCGGGAGCUUGUCAGUAUUUCUGAAUGGGAAUGGGAUGGCUGAACCUAUGAAGGGCCUUGGUGUAUGUCAGAGCGUCUCCACACGGUGAAGCGCUGUAUGUUGGUGUAGUAUGACGCACUGCAGUACUGAUCAUGCUCUGUAAGCAUAUCCAGGUUGUUGGGGAACAUAGAGACAAGUUCAGAAGAGAACACAGGGCUUUGUCCAGUCGUAUGUGGGGGGAUUCUUGAGUUGCAGUAUGGAAGGCUCUGGUUUGUGUGUGUGUGUGUGUGUGUGUGUGUGUGUGUGUGUGUGUGUGUGUGUGUGUGUGUGUGUGUGUGUGUGUGUG